ACAAGCUCCUGCUCUCCUAAAGUUAUCGUUUUUCAGAGCGAACAGAUACGUAGACUCAUCACUGCCUUUGAAAGGGGAAGGAAAGCCACGUUAAUGUGCACUGUGUUUUGGCCAAGUAGAUGUAGAAGGAUUAGCCUACCAAUUCUACACUCUAAAGAUGUGCCGGUAGCAUCAGAAUUUUAUUUAACGUGCCCAGGAUUAUUCAAGAAACAAGUAGCAUAGUAGGAGAUUCUACUGGAUUUUUCAGGAUUAGUUUCAAAAUCUGUGGACUCUUGAUGCUGACCUGGUGAUUUCUGAACAUCUCAUUCUUUUUCACCUAAAAUUUCUAGCUAUACCUAUGCACUUUUAAACAUGUAUGUUCACAUAUGUUAAAUAUUUAAUACAGAUAUUAAUAAAUAUUUAUUAGUUUUGUUUUUUUUCUAGACAGGGUUCCUCUGUAACAACACGGGCUGGAACUCACUCUUGUAGACCAGGCUGGCCUUAAACUCAGAGAGAUCCACCUGCCUCUGCCUUCUGAGUGCUGGGAUUAAAGGCGUGCGCCACCACCGCCUGGGUCAUAGUAGGCCUUUUUCAUCAUAAGAUAAUUUCUUACUGAGAGAGGAAAAAAAUUAGUGGCAAGCACUAGUAUCGUGGCUAACACCAGUUUGUAAAAAGAAGAUCAUUUAUCAGGUCAUAAGGGUAAUGUGUGUGUGUGUGUUGUUUUCUUUUUUUUUUUUUUUUUUUUUUUUUUUUUUUUUUUUUUUUUUUUUUUUUUUUUUUUUUUUUGCUAUUUUUCUGAGACAUUGUCUAAUGUAGCCCAAGCGGGACUCAAACACAACUCAGCUUCUCCUCCUUCCAUCUCCCAAGUGCAGGGCAUACAGGCAUGCCCCGCCACGCAUGGCUAGUAAGGGUCCCUCCUUGUUCAGUCUAGAACUGUACCAUGGCUGAGACUGGGGAAGUGGAGACAGCGUCGGCAGAAGCCUCAGGGUUCUCAGACUUGAGUGACUCGGAGUUGGUGGAGUUUCUGGACCUGGAAGAUGCCAAGGAACCAACGGUCCCACCUAGCAAGGCUGGUCCUUCUUCUGAACUCCCUGAAAAGGAUGACAAACCUGUAAGUUUGAAGCCCAGGAAAAAUGGACUGGAUGUCUCGUCACCCAUGGAGAGAUUCCAGCUGAAAUACUUAUAUGUCACUGACCUGUGUGCCCAGAACUGGUGUGAACUGCAGGUGGUAUAUGGAAAGGAACUUCCUGCUUUCUCCACACCUGAGAAGGCAGCUGUUUUGGACACUGGUGCUAGUAUCCACCUAGCAAAAGAGCUAGAACUUCAUGAUCUUGUGACUGUCCCCAUCACCACUAAAGAAGACGCUUGGGCAGUCAAGUUUCUGAACAUACUCUCAAUGGUUCCUACCCUCCAGUCAGAAGGGCGCAUCAGAGAGUUUCCCGUGUUUGGGGAAGUGGAGGGAGUACUUCUUGUUGGAGUGAUUGAUGAGUUGCACUACACAGCCAAGGGGGAACUGGAGCUCACCGAACUCAAGACGCGAAGACGCCCAGUGCUCCCUCUGCCAGCUCAGAAAAGGAAAGACUAUUUUCAAGUUAGCCUAUACAAAUAUAUCUUUGAUGCCAUGGUACAAGGAAAAGUGAAUCCUGCAAGCCUAAUCCACCAUACAAAAUUGUGUCUAGACACGCCACUGGGGCCUUCGGUGCUGAGGCAUGCCCGGCAAGGAGGCUUCUCUGUGAAAUCUUUGAGUGACCUCAUGGAACUGGUUUUCUUGUCUCUUACACUGUCUGAUCUCCCAGCUAUCGAUACGCUAAAACUCGAGUACGUCCAUCAAGAGACUGCUGCUGUACUGGGCACAGAGAUUGUAGCCUUUGACGAGAAAGAAGUGAAAAGCCAGGUGCAGCAUUAUGUGGCCUACUGGAUGGGCCGCCGAGCUCCUCAAGGUGUUGAUGUGGAAGAGGCGUGGAAGUGUCGGACCUGUGACUAUGUUGACAUCUGUGAGUGGAGGCAGGGCCGUGGAGUGCUCAGCUCUUCACUGGAGCCCAAAGCCAAGAAGUUGAAAUGAAUGGAAGUUAUGUUUUCAGAAAUGUUGAUCAUUUCUGCUCUUAAUACUCCCGUGUGAAAGGAUCGGUCUCUCAGUUGGAUUUUGUGGAUAAGGUUUUUAUUUUUCUGUCCCCGACCUUUAAUAAUAUUCCAAUUGGGGGCCAAGAUCAGGAAUGAAUGGAGAGAUUGGGAUUAUAGUGACCUUGCACUCUGAGAUGAACUGCAGAGAAGACAGAUGUGUGUCAUGUCUGCAGCAAGGGUGUCCCUCACUGAUCACUGUUUCCUCAAGAAAAUUACUUGGGUUCUGACAUUUUUUAUUUUUUUCUUGAUGCAUUUUUUUUACAUUUUUCAUAAUAAAAAUGAAAUGCUCUCUAGAACUAUUGAA